UGUAAACAACCGUUUCAAAAUGCUACGGGCGCUUUGCUUAAAUAACUGGGACCUUUAAUGGUUUCAUCACAUAAUAUACGGUUUGGUUCGUCUCUCCUACGACGGUUGGUAGAUAGCCGAGAUGGAGAAGAACUUCCUCAUCGUGGCGGCUAUCAUAGAAGGGCGCUAUUUCCCGAGCCGUUCCAACUGCACGGCCGUCGUGGAAGCCAAGUUCGACGGGGAGGUGAUGACGACAGACCCGGUGCCCCACACGUGCAGCCCCAACUUCAACACGGAGCUUGCGUGGGGCGUCGACCGGAAGGGGCUGCACACCCACCGCCUGCGGAGGACCCCCGUCAAGGUGGAGUGCUUCGCCGUCGAGCGCGGCACGGGAAAGAAGGAGUCCGUUGGCUACGUCGUGCUCGAAAUACGGAGCGCCCAGGAGAACGUGCGGAGCACGAAAUGGUUACCCCUCCUGAGCAGCAGGUACUCGGGCACCAAGCCACAGAUAAAGAUUGGGCUGCACUUGGAGCCAGACACCGUUCCGGAGGCCGCCCCGACAUCCGCUCCGGCGGGCUCUCGGAGCGCCGAAGUCCGGCCGCAGCCGGUGAACGUUGGGCUUCCGCCGAGUCGAGCCGCGGAGGCGGAGGCGGAAGAUCUGACGCCUCGACUCAACUUGAGCGAGGGCUACUUCCAGAUCGGGAGGCAGGGUGCGGAGAACUAUGUCUUCACUGUGACCGUGUCGUUUGCGGCGAAUCUAAAUCAGCUGAUCCACAGGUCCGAGCGUGCCUCCGCGUCAAAGUCCGGUCCGUACCACUUCCGCUACCACCUUCUCGGCCAGGAGGUCACGACGGAGCCCUUCGGAAGCCUCUCCGAGCCCAAGUUCCAACCGGAGCGCGCCUCCCUUAGGAUCCGCAGCAGCGCUCCGACCCUCCGGCGUUUCUUCAAGGAUCAUCCAACGCUCAAGGUGAGGUCCUCUUCUUUCCGAUUCUCCGAGCCAUUCUGA